AAAAACACCUUACCUCAAAUAAGGUAACCCGUUAAGAAACAGAAAUGUAGAGUGAACAUCACCUGUCCAUCGUGACUGUGGUAAGAGAUGCAUUUAAUGCUUCACUGAACUGCACUGAACAAAUUCUUUGUCCAAAGAAUGGACCACGAUGGACUCAAUCCUGCUCGUGUUAAACUGCUUAAAAUUGGGAAAAGAGCUGCUAUUAAGACAAAGAUACUUCAAAAAUAAAAUUAAAUGGCAUUUUUGUGUUUAACCCCAAGCAAAAAACAGGAAUUCCAAAACAAAACAGUACACGCAUGGUACGACACCUAUCGAGGAGACUGCGCCCUCUUGUGGCGAAUAAGCAAACCUCCGAUUGAGCCUUCCGAGUCUCCGUACUAAAAAGAAAACCUGCCUCCCUAUUCCUUUAUUCGCACACCCAUCAUCUCUCCUAGCAAAAACACAGAACGGGCAGAUGAAAAUAUUCAGCCUCAUCACUGGAGUGUGCGCUGCUGUCAAGGGCUCUGACCAACAUGGAGAUAAAUAAUGUUCCUGCAAUAUGGCACAAUCCUUUAAUCAGUGUGCAUUUCUUUCCGAAAAAUGAAAUAAUCGGCGUUAUCUGCAGAAAGAAAUAACGGUAUCCGGCAAGUAACUCCCUCUUUCUUUAUAUGGAUAUUAUGAUAAAACAAACUGUAUUUCACACAGAUGACACAUUUAUGGCUGAAACUGACAGUUCUUCCGAAAUAGACAGUCAGCUGAAGUGAAUACAACAAUGAUGAAUGCCUUUUAGAGGAGCUCCCUGGCUUGCAAAGGAACAAGGUGUUUUUUGUAAAUUGCAGUCCAGGAGGGUUCAGCGGCGCGGAGAGGUGACGUUGACCGGAUGCGUGUAGCGGAGCGUGCCGUGUGGCUUUGACCAUGAGCCGGCUGAUGUUGGGCCGGACCUUGGAGCGGAUUUGCAAGGCUGUGCUGUUGCUCUGCCUGGUGCACUUCCUCAUUAUGAUGAUCCUCUACUUUGAUGUCUACAGCCAGCGUUUCGACAUCUUCAGCCGCUUCAACAAUGGCCGUGGAGCGAACAGCUCACGAGGACCCCACCACUACUACUAUAACUUCUCCAGUGGCAGGCCCAACACUACCUUUGCAAGCUACUUGGCCACAGCUGACCAUCUUCUGCCCAGCACCAAGCCAGAGGCAAACCACACUCCACCUACCCCUAAACCAUUACCACCAUGUCCGGAGGUUCCUCCUGGUCUGGUGGGGCGUCUCCUCAUUGAAUUCAGCUCACAGAUAACCCUCGAGCGGGUGCAAAGAGAGAACCCUAAUGUGACAGAAGGGGGAAAAUACACUCCUUCUGAUUGCCGGCCGAAACAAAAGGUGGCCAUCAUCAUCCCAUUCAGGCACAGAGACAACCACCUGAAAUACUGGCUUCACUACCUGCACCCAGUCCUGCGCAGACAGAAGAUCGACUAUGGGAUCUAUAUCAUCAACCAGCUUGGUGAGGACACCUUUAAUCGGGCCAAGCUGCUUAAUGUUGGCUACACAGAAGCUCUGAAAGACGCAGAAUACGACUGCUUCAUUUUCAGUGAUGUGGACCUGAUCCCUAUGGACGACCGGAACCUCUACCACUGUUACGACCAGCCCCGUCACUUUGCCAUUGCCAUGGACAAAUUCGGCUUCAGGCUACCCUAUGCAGGGUACUUUGGAGGGGUGUCUGGCCUUAGCAAAAAACAGUUCCUCAAAAUCAACGGCUUCCCAAAUGAGUACUGGGGUUGGGGAGGUGAAGAUGACGACAUUUACAACAGAAUCACACUAAAUGGGAUGAAAGUGUCUCGGCCCGAUGUGAGAAUCGGCCGCUACAGGAUGAUCAAGCAUGAGAGAGACAAGCACAAUGAGCCAAACCCCCAGAGGUUCAGUAAGAUCCAGAACACCAAGAACACCAUGAGGAAAGAUGGGAUCAGCUCGCUGAUGUACAGAGUGGUGUCUGUGAAGAAAUAUCCGCUCUAUACCAACAUUUCCGUAGAGAUCGGCAAGCCUCCUCCAAGACCUUUCAAAGGAUAGAGAACUACCAGGUCUUGACCGAGAUACCAUGACCUUCCUUAAGUUCAGCACACACACGCACACACACAAACUCUGCCCAGGGUCACCUUCCUAUGAUACAGCAGUGAUAUGCUGGUAAGUUCUCAGGAAUACAUGGAAGCUUGAUGUGGAUCCAUCGAUGUAGAUUCAUAUCCUGAUCCAGAUCGAGAUGUGCACACGGUGUCUGGAGGGACAGAACCAUCACCAUCACAGACCUUGAGGAUCAGUACAAGCUUUUAGGCUGUUAACCAGAGGAUUGUUCAGUUCUGGUUUUUGUGCGUGACAUCUGACGAUGAUCUACAAAGAACAGCCUGGUCACUUGAUGUAAAUCAGUCAGAACAUACUGUACAUUUCAAAAGCGAAUGUGUCUUUGUACCUGCGAUGCUUGCAGUGUUCAAAUCUCUUCUUUCGUAUCUCAGAUGUUGGUGGAUCACGUGAGGUUGAUAAAUCGGUGCUUGAAGUUGGGUCUUUGGAACGUGUCUCUAUCUCCUGCGCUCUCUUUUAUUUUGUAUCGUUUCUUGAGACUAAGCUGAAUUUCUUCAACCAUGAAAACACUUCUAGGCAUUUCUGAGGAUGAUACUCAACGGGAUGUUAACAUGGGAACUUGGGGGGAAAAUUACGUAAUGUGAUUAGACUGGAUCUGGACUAGUCCUACAAGCACAUGACUGUGUCAGUCAAUAUGGUCCGAAUGGAUGAUCACAGCAGAUCCUCUUGCUGCUCCAUGUAGAUGCCCGGAGAAACGGCAAGAACUUUGGCUUGGAGGUAGAAGAGCUUCUGUAGAAGUUACUGAUGAUCAAACCUCUGUAUCUAUCACCACAUCCUCAAAACUGACUGUGCUACGAGCCACUCUUUCUUUGUUUACUUUCAUUUGCCUCAAAGAUUCAUAUUUAGACCUGUCAUAUAUCAAGGCUUUUUUUAAUGGGUGCUUUGAUCAAAUAAUGCCCAUAUUGUUCAGUCUCGCACCUCUUUUGAGGAUCAUCUACAGAGGUUAUAUAUAAAUUAUGCUCUAAUAUUUCCAGUAUCAUAAAAUAUUCACCCAGGGUCCAAAAUCAACCUUUCGCCACACCUGCCAAUUUGAGUGAAUCUUUUGAGUGGUCUUUUUGGCCAUGAAUCAAAAUUGUCAUUUUGUAUUUUUCAAUUAUUAGUAGCCUUUUUGCAUAUUCAGCCUUCAUUUCUUUGUAAAAAUGUCAUAAAAACAUGAAGACCUAUAAUUUUCUUCCUUUAUGUUUUUGUUUUGGUAGCUUAAAGGAUUAGUUCACUUUCAAAUUAAAAUUUCCUGAUAAUUUACUCACCCCCAUGUCAUCCAAGAUGUUCAUGUCCUUCUUUCUUCAGUCGAAA